AUGCAUGGCGCGAGCGUGAUGGCGAGGGCCCCAAUGCUAUCUCUCCGUGAAGAUAUGAUGGGCGAGAAGGAGAGGGAGCUGGAGGCUGUU